AUGCGCAGAUGCCUCCAUUCGAGGUUAAUUAUUACCCCAAUGAACAGAGAGGUGAAUAUGUCUCAUCAGCUAUGCAUUUAUGUUCGUGCAGGUCGUGGUGGAGCUUGUCGCGGCCUUCCUCGUCUCGCUAGUGGGCGUACUGCUCACUUCCGGCGAGAUUCUGCCUAUCCGCUCCAACGACGCACUGCACUCCAGGUCGCUGGCCACUGUCAUCUCGAGCCCGGACUUCCACGUGUUCAACCACCGCGGGAAGGCUCUGCACAAGCGCGUAAUGUCAUAGAAAACUGGCCAAAAAGAGAAGAAAAUGGAGACGUUUUGUGCCAAGGACGCACACUCUUCGACAACGCAAAGUUCUCCCCCGAUUUAAUGCUGAGUCCUUGUUGCCUUAAUGCGUUUUGUGGCGCUCUAUUAUCAUAA